AUGAUCAUCUCACGAGUUGCCGGCCUGCUGGGCCUGCUAUCCGGAGCACUUGGAUACAAGGCUCUCUCGGACGACGGGCUCCGCAACAUCGCCGACCCGGCAAACGACUUUGACAUCAAACAAGGUGCCCUGCUGGCUCCUAUAUUGCAGCCGCGUGUUCCUGGCACUCCGGGUUCGACUGCCGUCCUCAACCACUUUGUCGACUUCUUUCGGAAGGAGCUACCCGCGUGGGACUUGACCUUCCAGAACUCUUCGUCGAGGACACCCAUCUCUGGCAACGACGAGACUCCCUUUGUCAACCUCAUCGCCACUAGAGACCCUCCAUGGGCAGACCAAGGACAUGUUGGAAGACUCGCCUUGGUCGCCCACUAUGACAGCAAGAUCGAUCCACCAGGCUUCAUCGGGGCUAUCGACAGCGCCGCCCCAUGCGCUAUGUUGAUGCACGCCGCCAGGAGUCUCGACGAUGCUUUGACCAGAAAGUGGGCUGCUAUCGAGGCUGAAGGCGAGAGCGAGUUGGAAGAAGCGAGCGGUAUACAAAUCAUCCUGCUGGAUGGGGAGGAGGCCUUCAAAGUCUGGACCCAUGAUGACUCCAUCUAUGGCGCAAGAUCUCUAGCAGAAGAAUGGGAGCAGACGAUGCACCCUGCCACUUCCAUCUAUCGCACUCCGCUAGACGCCAUCGACCUCUUCGUGCUACUCGAUUUAUUAGGCUCUGCAAACCCUACUGUUCCAUCCUUCUUCCGAACCACCCACUGGGCCUACUCGAACAUGGCAAACGCCGAAGCAAGGUUGCGUUCCUUGAAACAACUGCAAACCACACCCGCCAGUCCCUUCCUUCGAGAAGCGAACAAGAAAGAGUCCGACAGGUGGCUCGGCGGUGCUAUCGAGGAUGACCACCUACCUUUUCAAGCCAGAGGCGUCGAUAUCCUCCACAUGAUCCCUGCACCUUUCCCAGCAGUCUGGCAUACAAUCGCUGACGAUGGAGAACAUCUCGAUAUACCCACCGUCAAAGAUUGGGCCAAAAUCGUCACGGCCUUUGCUGCCGAGUGGAUGGAAUUAGAUGGCUAUCUGCUUCCUCCUAAGAAGAGAAGCCCACUGCCGCAAGCGGACAGGAUUGACAGGACCGAGUUGUGA